CCCACUGCAGCCGCCUAGGACCGGCUCUCUCUGGAGGCACCUAUGGAUCUCGAAAGCACCCAAACCAGUAGAAUCAACAUUUUCUCCCACUCAUUCGCGCCAUCGCCCGCUCUUUCACGGAGGGCCUCUUGAGUAAGGCGAAACUGAAGGCACUUUUAUCCUCACUUGCCAUUCAUUCUCGGCCCCGUCUUAGCCGACGGCGCGCAACGCCUGGGCCGCCCAUGGAUCUUGACGAUGACGUACCGCCGCAGCUCGUUGACACUGCCGUCGCGGCUUCAGAAGAGGAGCUCACUAUCAAAGUCCCGAUCACGAUAGUAACUGGCUACCUCGGAGCCGGCAAGACAACGUUGCUCAACUACAUCCUCACGGCGGAGCAUGGCAAGAAGAUCGCCGUCAUUAUGAAUGAAUUCGGGGAUUCACUCGACAUCGAAAAGUCCUUGACCGUCAACAAGGGUGACGAGAAAGUUGAAGAAUGGCUCGAAGUCGGCAAUGGUUGCAUAUGUUGCUCUGUUAAAGACACGGGGGUGAAUGCAAUCGAGUCUCUAAUGGAGAAGAAGGGUGCCUUCGACUACAUUCUCCUUGAGACGACCGGCCUUGCUGACCCAGGCAACCUGGCGCCCUUAUUCUGGGUCGACGAUGGCCUGGGGAGCACGAUAUACCUCGACGGCAUUGUUACCCUGGUGGAUGCCAAGAACAUCCUGCGCAGCCUCGACGACCCCAGCGGCAAGGUUGAGGGGCAUGAUCACCACGACGACCACGGCCCUUUGAUGACUACGGCCCACGUGCAAAUCUCACACGCCGAUGUCAUCGUCAUCAACAAAUCAGACCUCGUCAGCCCGGAAGAGCUUCAAAGGGUGAGGGAGAGGAUAGAGUCCAUCAACGGCCUUGCCAAGGUUCACGUCACCGAGAAGAGUGCAGUCCCCCAUCUGGAGGGAUUCCUGCUAGAUCUACAUGCAUAUGACCAGUUCAACGAGGCAGAGGCCAGGAUUAAGGGCCAUAGCCACCUAGACCCGACGAUAUCUACCAUAUCGAUACCCGUGCCUAGACUGCGCCCGGAUCAGCUGGAGGCUGUCGACCGCUGGCUGCGGUCUGUGCUGUGGGAUAACCAGCUUCCAGGCAGAGAUGGAGAGAACGACUUCGAGAUUCACCGGUCCAAGGGUCGCAUUGUGCUUCAGAAUGGCGAGGUCAAGAUGAUGCAAGGCGUGCGGGAAGUGUUUGAGCUGAUCGACGCCCCAGACGGCGCGCCUGCCUCACCGGGUCAGGAGGGAAAGAUCAUCUUCAUCGGUAGAAAGGUGGGUGAUGUAGAUUUCGAGUCCAGUUUUAGACGAGUGGUGCAAUAAAAUGCCACGGAUUUCCCUU